CUCCCUCGAUAGUUUUGCAUGUUGAGAUUAUCACGUCACUUAAUCAUUCUACCAAACCAUUCAAUAUGCAGACUGUAAAUCAAUACAACCUCGCGGUGGUGCUUUUCACCGCAUUUGGAUCCUUUACCUAUGGCGUUAAUUCAUCAAUUAUAACCUCGAGACUGGCCUGCCUUCCUUUUGGAGCUAUUUCAACCUGGCAACAUCGGGGCCGAGAGCCGACUGGAGUACCCAGAUGAUAGGAGGUACGUUGGUUGACAAGGGUUACCUUGAUGAUAUCAUUCCUAUAGCAAUGAAUAGUCUGUAUUCAGCCGGUGGUCUGAUCGGUUACCUCACCGCGGGCUGGCUAGCCAACAAGAUGGGUCGUAAACGCUCCAUCCAAAUUAUCUGCGCCAUUUGCGUUGCGGCGUCCGUAUUUACCACCGCUAGUGUUAAUAUCG